AUGUCCAGUUACCAGCAAUGCAAACAAACAGAAGAUAAUUUAGAGUUUGUCAGAAAACUACCAAAAUCAAUACGCAAGAGAAUCAAACUUCAGAUAUAUGAAGAUUUGGCAAUAAAGCCCUUGAAGGAGCUUUCACGUCUGUAUGAGUUUGCUGGGUUGACUGUGCUGGAAGGCGUGCGAACAUGGUUGAACGAAACGACGAAAGCUUGUAAUCACGAGAUGGAUGGGGUACUGGUCACGUGCACAAAAGAUGACGCUUGGGCUGCUGCAAACCGCUGGAGAUGGAAAGUACAUCCACAUGAAAUUAAUGUUGUUGAACAUUUUUGUCGAGGUGUUCUUCGAUUGAUGGGUUAUUUACCUAGCUGCAGAGGGAUCUUACGAAUUACUGAUGAAUAA